AUGGUGAAGCCGUGCGCGUGCGGGGGCACGAUGGGGCGCGUGCAUCUGCGGUGCCUCCAGCAGUGGAUCGAGCGGCGGCGAAUGGACGGCUGCGAUCACGACGCGCUCACGUGCGAAGUGUGCCGCUCGCCGUACCGCCUCCGCAUUCACGAGAGUGAGUCGCGCAACAGUACCCCCUUUCUCUCAUCUUCCCCAUGCUUCCCCCAUUUUUCCCUGCUCUUUUCCUCCUCUCCGACGUUCCCCCCAUCCGCCCACGCCCCCCCCCCCAUCCCCAUCCGCCCGCCCACCCCCUUCCCCACCCUCUCCCCCACUCUCCCCUUCUCCACCCCUCCCCCCACCCCCCCUUUUUCCUCCCCCGCCCUCCACUUAUCAGUUUUUCCGCAUUUCCCCGUUCCUCAUUGCUCCCUUAUCAGGCUAGACCUAACUUGGGAGCGCCUGUGUUCGUAUGCGUCGAUCUCCUUUUACGCCGAAUUCUGCACCAUCUGUGCCACCCUCGCCUCCAUGGUCUUCCUCUUCUUCCUCAUUGUCAUCGGCGACAGUGACGAGGAGGGUAGGGAGCUGAGUCUAUUCGCAGCAGUGGUGGUGGCAGCAUGUGUGAUCACCCUUGGCAUUCUCACUCUCUUCAAGGUCACCUCAAGGUGGCGUCAAGCCAUCUCAGUGCCGCUGCUGUCGCCCAGGGGACCUCUCUCCCCACCCAUACCCUCGUCGCCCCGCCUCUCAUCAUAA